CUCAUGUGGCCCCCGCGUGAUCGCGGGGCGGGUAACCGGGUAGGGCCGGGCGGGGCAGCUCUAGGGAACCGAAGCGAGCCCGGGGUUUCUCCGAAGACCCGGCGCUGCGGAUUCCUCACCGCGAGGAGGGACCAUUGCUAUGGAAACCAGAGCGCGGGGCAGCGGGGGAUUGUGGCUCCCGGAUGGUGACGGAUCUUCUCUCUCCCCGAGACCCUCACCCGAGGCUUCGGGCGCGAUUGCUUCCUGAACGAACCUGCCCUCCCGCCCACGGGAGAGAGUUUUCCACGGCACAGCCCAACAGAAAGAUGUAGCCCUUGUGCCUCACUGGCCGCUGACCCACUGGCCUGAUGACAGCACCCCUGUGUACGUUUCCGGUUCAGUUCCAGCAGCCCUCGGUCAGUGGCCUCUCACAGAUCACCAGCAGCCUGUAUGUCAGCAAUGGGGUGGCCGCCAACAACAAGCUCAUGCUCUCCAGCAACCAGAUCACCACGGUCAUCAACGUGUCGGUGGAAGUGGUAAAUACCUUAUACGAGGACAUCCAGUACGUACAGGUGCCUGUGGCCGACACACCCAUCUCGCGUCUCUGUGACUUCUUUGACCCCAUUGCGGACCACAUCCACAGUGUAGAGCUGAAGCAGGGCCGCACGCUGCUGCACUGCGCUGCUGGGGUGAGCCGCUCAGCUGCCCUCUGCCUGGCCUACCUCAUGAAGUACCAUGCCAUGUCCCUGCUGGACGCCCACACGUGGACCAAGUCAUGCCGGCCCAUCAUCCGACCCAACAAUGGCUUUUGGGAGCAGCUCAUCCACUAUGAAUUCCAGCUGUUUGGCAAGAACACCGUGCACAUGGUCAACUCCCCUAUGGGAGUGAUCCCUGACAUCUACGAGAAGGAGGUCCAUUUGAUGAUUCCACUGUGAGCCUGCCAGCACCCCCCGCACCCCUGCACCCAGGUCAGAGGUGCAGAUCUGCUGGUGACCCUCCACCAAGAUCUGAACUUAAAACGUUCCACUUUUGCUGAUACAGAAAAAACAGAUGAUGCCUUUUAUAAGGGUCAGAGAAAAAGGAAAGGUGCUGUAGCUUUUAACCUUAUUAUCCGUAUCUUCAAAGAUUAAAUUCACUAACUGUACAAUGGUACAGAAAAAUUUCCUACCCUUCUAAGUGACAGGUCAUGGCUGCUGGCCAGUGGGGAGAGUGAGGCCAGUGCCCAGGUCAAAUGGACUAGCACCUAAAGCGUUUGGCAAGCCUGCAAUCCUGCUGCCCUCCCCUAGAUCAACUAACCUAGGAAUGAGUCAGCCACAGUUCCACUCAAUUCUUUCAAACCUGAAGCCAGAGCCUUAAGCAUCAUGGCACCUCCUGUGCUGUUCACAGUAAGUGCGCUGACCCACUAGGUAAGUGGCCUUCAGGUGGUGCCUCGGGAGUCCUGGGGGCCCAGGCCAACCCUGCUUCCAUCUUCGACCCACGGGGGCCCAUCUCUGGUUUUCUGCAUUUGAUUUACACAUGGCAUCGUUUUCAAAGAAAGCAUUCCACAGUAUAAAAUUUUUUAAAGAUAUUUUUGAUUUUGAGUGCCUUUGUAAAUGGCAAGGUCUCAAAGAACCCUUGGCAGCCCCCCGCCAGCCUUGACGAAAGGUGGCAUGAGUUUCCUUCUUAGGGGCACAUGUGGAGAGCAGGCCUGAUAUCAGGCUUCAGAGGUUCCUCUCACAGGUCUCGAUUUGAAAGGCCAGAGCUAUAGACCAGAACCUAGCCUUGUCACCUCCUCCCGCAUGUGAUUGGGACCUCUUGGCACCUCAGCUUUCUCAUCUGUCCAAGCAAUGACAGCCCCUUCCUCACAGCAUUGUCAUGGAGAGUCAACGAUCCCUUAACACGGCGCCUGGCACGUGGUAGGUGCUUAUGGUAGCAACUUUCAUCCUGAAUGAUGCUUUGACCCUGCUGGUCUGGGUCAGCGUGGUCAUCCUCAUGAUGACAUUUCCCGCAUCUGUGCAUAGCCCUUCACUGUUUACAAAGUGCUCUUCCAAAAUGUCAUCCUGUGGGGAAAAAAGUAGUUUGAGGCCUUUUAGACCCUACCUUAGAAGAGGCCUAGACUUUGUAGCCUUUUCAGAGUUUCCAUUGUGUUGAAUCCACGUGUGACUGGGGGUCCUAAAGCAAGGAGCACACUUCCAGCUUCCCCCCAAAAGGCCUUGUUUAGAUUGCUGACCAUUAACGCCAAUGCUAACCACUGGGGUCCACAGGGACAAAUGAGUGGGCCCCACCUAUAGGCCCUGAAAUCCAGGAUUGUUCAAACCCCCCAGGGGUCUGAGGAUCUGACUCAAGACCAACUGUUCUAAUCCAGAGGUUUUCAGAAGAACAAUAUAUGAGACAGACAAAAGCACAACUGCUCUGUGAGUCCAGAGCCCAGUGGAAGCCAAAUGCCUUCUCCCUCCAAACUACCCUACCCCCACUUCCAUAAAGGGCAUGCCCAGGGGUGUAAUUUUAGGGUGCAGGGGAGAAGGAAAAGCCCUGCUUUAGACUGACUUCUCAUUUUACAGAUGGGAUAAACAGACCCACAAACACCAGGGCUGGUGUAGCAGAGCCCCCACAAAGCAGCCUUUCUGGAAGAAACCCAGAUGGAAAAUUUCUUUCAUAACCUUUUUAAAGAGAAAUUGAUUGGGACAUAUUUUAUCUUCAUUUUUAAAAAUUUUGAAUUAACAUACCACAAAAUUAAUUUUUUGUGUGUACAGUUAUGUUUUAACACAUUUGUGUAACUACCUCUGCAGUCGGGACACAGAGCAGUUCCAUCACCCACAAAAUUCUCUUAUGCCACCCCUUUGUAUUCAGACCUUUGCCCCACCCCAGCCUCUGGCACAUACCAAUCUGUUCACUGUUCCUUUGAUUUGCCUUUUCUAGAAUGUCACAUACAUAGCAUCAUAGAGGAUGUAACCUCUGGAGACUGGCUUCUUUCAGUAUGUCUUUGAGAUUCAUUAUGUGUUACUUUUUAUAGCUAAGUAGUGUUCCAUUGUAUGGAUGACCACAGUUUGUUUUAAUAUUCACCCAUUGAAGGAUAUUUGGGUUGUUUCCAGUUUGGGGCAAUUUUGAAUAAAACUGCUACAAACAGGGGCGCCUGGGUGGCUCAGUUGGUUAAGCGACUGCCUUCAGCUCAGGUCAUGAUCCUGGAGUCCUGGGAUCAAGUCCCGCAUCGGGCUCCCUGCUCAGCAGGGAGUCUGCUUCUCCCUCUGACCCUAACCCCGCUCAUGUGCUCUCUCUCAUUCCCUCUCUCUCAAAUAAAUAAAUAAAAUCUUAAAAAAAAAAAAAAAAACUGCUACAAACAUUUGUAUAUAGGUUUUUAUGUGAACAUAAGUUUUCAUUUAUCUAGGGUGUAUACCUAGAAAGUGGGAUCGGUCGGUUAUAUGGUAAAGGUUAUGUUUAACUUUAUAAAAAAACUACCAGACUUCCAGAGUGGCUAUACUGUUUUGCAUUCCACUAUGAGAGAUCCCCUUUCUCACUAGUAUUUGGUACUGCCAAUAUUUUUUAUUUUAACCAUUCUGAUAGGUGUGUGGUAUUAGCUCAUUGUGGUUUUAAUUUGCAUUUUCCUAAUGGUUAAUGAUGUUGAGCAUCUUUUGUGUGCUUCAUUGCCUUCCGCAUACCCUCUUUGGUGAAAUGUCUAUUCAACUCUUUUGCCCAUCUUAAAAGUGGGCUGUUUUCUCACUCUUGAGUGUUGAGAAUACUUCAUAUAUUCUGGAUACAAGUCCUUUGUCAGAUAAGGAUUUGUAAAUAUUUUUUCCCAGUCUAGCUUGUCUUUUCAUUUCUCUUAGAAGUAUCUUUUACAGAGCAAAGUUUUUAAUUUUGAUGAAGUGCUACUUGCCAGUUUUUCCUCUUAUGGACUGUUGUUUUGGUGUCAUGUCUAAGAACUCUUUGCCUAACCCCAGAUCACAAAGAUUUUCUCCAAUGUUAAAGUUUGAGGGUCUAAAUUUUUCACUUAUUUUUAUGAUCCUUUGGUAUAAGGUAUGAGGAUUAGUUUGAGGUUCAUAUUUUUUCAUAUCAAUGUCUAAUGGUUUCAACUACAUUUGUUGAAGACUGUCCUUUAUUGAGCUGUCUUUGCUCCUUUGUGUAGGUCUGUUUUGGACUCUUUAUUCUGUGUGAUAUAUGCGUCUUUCUCUUCACCAAUACCACACUAUCUUGAUUACUGUAGCUUUGUAGUAAGUUUUAAAGUCAGAUAGUGAGUCCUCCAGUUUUCUUUUUUAAAAAAUUGUUUGGGUUAUUCUACUUUCUUUGCCUUUCAUAUAAAUUUUAGAACCAACUUGUCUGUAUCAACAAACUCCUACUAGGAUUUCAAUUCAAAGUGUAUUAAAUCUUUUGGCCAAUUUGGGGAAGAAUUGCCAUCUCUACUUUGUUGAAUCUUCCAAUCCAUGAAUAUAGUAUGUCUCCCCAUUGAGUUAGGUCUUUGAUGUCUUUCAUCAGUGUUUUGUGGUUUUCAGCAUACAAAUCUUACAUAUUUUACUGUAUUUAUACCUAAGUAUUUCAUUUGAGGGAGAGCAUUGUGAAAAAAAAAUUUUUUUAAUGUUGGUUUCCAAUUGUGCAUUGUUGGUACUAUAUAGAAAUACAAUUGAUUUUUGUGUGUUGACUUUGUAUCCUGUGACCUUGCUAAGAGCAUUUUUGUAGAUUCCUUGGCAAUCUACAUAUAGACAAUCUUGUCAUGUGCGAAUAAAAAUAGUUUUAUUUCUUCCUUUCCAAUCUGAAUAUCUUUGAUUUAUUAUUUUAUUUCACUGGCUAUGACUUCCAGUAUGAUGAUGAAUAUGAGGGAUGAAAAUAGACAUUCUUGCUUUAUUCCUGAUCUUAGAAAGUGUUGUCUUUUACCAUUAAUUAUGAUGUUAGCUAUAGGCUUUUUGUAGUUAAGGAAGCCCUGUAUUAAGUUAAGGAAGUUAGGGAAGAGUAGAAAAGUAUUUUCUCCCCUUCUAUUUACUGAAAGAGAUGUGUGAAUUGGUGUUAUUUCUUCUUUAAAUGUUUGGUAGAAUUCACCAGUGAAACCAUCAGGACCUGGAGACUUCUUUUUCAGAAGAAUUUAACAAUGAAUUCAAUUCUUUUAAUAGUUAAAGGACUAUUCAAGUUAUCUAUUUCAUCUUGGGUGAGUUUUGGUAGUUUGUGAUUUUUCAGGAAUAGCUCCAUUUCAUCCAAGUUGUCAAAUUUAUGCACAUAGACUUAUUUAUAGUAUUCCUUAUUAUCUUUAUUAUCUGCAGGGUCCACAGAGAUAUCACCUUUUCAUUCCUCAUGCUGAUAAUUUGUCUUCUCUCUUUAUUUCUUUGUUAGUCUAGCUAGAGGUUUAUCAAUAUUUAAAAUCUUUUAAAACAACUACUUCCCUUGUUUUUUAUUUUCUCUAUUGUUCUUCCCUUUCCUACUUCAUUGAUUUCUAUUCUUUAUUAUUUCUGCAGUUCUGCUUGUUUGAAAUUUAUCUUGUCUUUUCUAAUUUCAUAAGGUAGAAACUUUAUUUCAGACCUGCAUCUCACCAAUUUUGAUAUGCUGCAUUUUCAUUUUUGUUCACUUCAAAAUAUUUUCUAAUUUCUCUUGAAAUGUUCUCCUUUACCCAUGUAUUGUUUAGAAGUGUGUAGUUUAAUUUCUAAGUAUUGGCAAUUUUACCACCAUUUCUCUGUUAUUGGUUUCUAUUUAAUUCCAUCAUGAUCAGAGGACAUAAGUUGUAUGAUUUUACUUCUUUUAAAUUAGUUAAUGUUUACUUUACCAUGUAGGAUGUGGCUUAUCUUGGUGAACGUUUCAUGUGCACUUGAGGAAAAAAACAUUAUUUUGGAUAGAGUGGUCAAUAAAUGUCAGCUUAUUGAUUGAU